CACAGGUACGCACAGGUACAAAGAGAUCCCUCUGAGAUAAUUGGAGUACUAUAAAAACCAGUGGUUUUCGAAUACAUCUUUAAUCCUAUUCGGACUUGGCCUUUGAAGCAGUCACCUCUUAGUUUUCUUCCCAAAGACAAUUGAGUCGCAUUCGAGCAGUAUACCAAUAAUGGCAUAUCGAUAUCGUUAUCAAAAUCAAGUCAAGCUGGGUUCAACGACUGUCAUGGCUGUUGCUCUGGUAAUACUCUGUUGCUCGGCUUUCCUCCCCCAAAGUGCUGCCAUCUACUGGGGAGACUGGGGCACCGUUCAAUACUGCCCGUCAGGUUCCCCGGUAGUUGGUUUUAGUUUGAAAACGGAAAGACCACAGGGUAGAGAUGACGACACAGCUCUCAACGGCAUUGCCUUCAAAUGUUUGUCAUCAAACAUUUGGAUAACCUCAAGCGUUGGACCUUGGGGUGGUUAUGGCAGAGAUUUCAUUUGCCCAACAGGCACGUACAUUACGCAAUGCCAACUUCGUGUGGAGUCUCGACAAGGCAGUGGGGACGACACGGCGGCCAACAAUUUAAACUGCAAAUGCAGCAAUAAUGACAUCAUGAACGGUGAUGGAACAGAGUGGGGUGGUUGGAUGGCCUUCUCUCAGCACUGUUCCAAAGGCAUUUGUGGAUUGAAAACUCGUGUGGAACGCAGCCAGGGCAGUGGUGAUGACACGGCUCUCAACGACGCUAAAUUCUUGUGUUGCUAAACGAUGAUACUCUGUCAUCAUAGACUAGAAAUAAGAGUUGGCAACUGAAUCGAAGAGUGUAGUUUUCGUGAGUAAACUAUAAUUUGUUCACUUUCGUGCUCAUUAAAUGUGACGCUCGUUGUGAACGUUUCUUUAAAUUUCUAACCCUGGGUUUUUAACUUUUCUAUUUAUCAUUUUUUGGGUUCUUUUAAUUUCUUGUUUCCUCAAAACCAAUAACAUCAAAUAAACUUUUUUCGUGAA